CGCCGGCUUUCCUCUGCUCGCACCCCCGCUCCCAGCUACCUGGCUGUCUAUCCAUCAGUCUUUCCUUUCCCUCGAGCCCUCGCACUUCUCCAAAGGAAUCAAAUACCAGGAUAAGGUCCGAUUGUUCCUUCCUUCGAUCCCUGUCUAUCUACCCCCCUCCUCUUAAGUCUAAAAUCAAUCGACUCCUGUUUUAGUUACUGGCUAAAAUUAGGAGAGAGGAAGAAGCGCAAAAAGGCAGGCGGUUAAGGAGGUCAGAGAGGGGUGGGAGAAUCAGAGAGGAGUCCAGGCAUCAAAGCGCGCAUUUAAUUCUGGUUCGGCUGUGGGCUUUCGAGAAAGAGAGCUCCGCCAGUGGUUUGCUGGCCGCGUUAAAGGAGGAGGAGGAGCGUGCCAAAGAAAAGAUAAAAACAAAAGAGAAAAGGAUCGGUACGGAUCCCGGCCUUCGGCCCGUCUGCUGGUGGUGGUGCCGUCGGAGAAGAGAAGAGGGGAAGGGAUCUCUGCGUCGGAGAGAGAGGUGACAGAGCGAGGACGAAACGAUGCAGUCGCAGAAGCAAGCGGAGGAAGCCAUCGUGGCCAGCUUCAACGAGACGGAGCAGGACGGUAACGGCAAGGAGGAGGCGGCGGCGGAGCGGGCGGAGGAGCCGCAGCCCAUGUUGAGCAUGAAGAGCCUCCUCUGGCACGGUGGCUCCGUCUGGGACGCCUGGUUCAGCUGCGCCUCCAAUCAAGUGGCCCAGGUUCUGCUGACGCUGCCCUACUCGUUCUCGCAGCUGGGGAUGCUUUCCGGGGUGCUGCUCCAGCUGUUCUACGGUUUCAUGGGCAGCUGGACGGCCUACCUCAUCAGCGUUCUCUACGUCGAAUACCGCACCCGCAAGGAGAAGGAGAACGUCAGCUUCAAGAAUCACGUCAUCCAGUGGUUCGAGGUGCUGGAUGGGCUGCUGGGCCCUUACUGGAAAGCCAUCGGCCUGGCCUUCAACUGCACCUUCCUCCUCUUCGGCUCCGUUAUCCAGCUCAUUGCUUGUGCCAGUAACAUUUACUACAUCAACGACCGGCUGGACAAGAGGACGUGGACAUACAUAUUCGGCGCGUGCUGCGCGACCACGGUGUUCAUCCCUUCCUUCCACAACUACCGGAUAUGGUCCUUCCUGGGUCUGGGCAUGACCACCUACACUGCCUGGUACCUCACCAUCGCCGCUUUCGUCAACGGCCAGGCUGAUGGCGUGGCGCACUCGGCUCCCACAAGGCUGGUCCUCUACUUCACCGGCGCCACCAACAUACUCUACACUUUCGGCGGCCACGCCGUCACCGUGGAGAUCAUGCACGCGAUGUGGAAGCCCCAGAAGUUCAAGUACAUAUAUCUGGUGGCGACGGUGUACGUGUUCACGCUGACGCUCCCGUCGGCGUCGGCGAUGUACUGGGCAUUCGGGGACGAGCUGCUGACUCACUCGAACGCCUUCUCGCUUCUGCCCAAGUCGGGGUUCAGGGACGCGGCGGUGAUCCUGAUGCUGAUCCACCAGUUCAUCACCUUCGGGUUUGCGUGCACGCCCCUCUACUUCGUGUGGGAGAAGGUGAUCGGCAUGCACGACACCAAGAGCAUCUGCCUGCGGGCGCUGGCCCGUCUCCCCGUGGUUAUCCCCAUCUGGUUCCUGGCCAUCAUCUUCCCCUUCUUCGGGCCCAUCAACUCCACCGUCGGGGCCCUCCUCGUUAGCUUCACCGUCUACAUCAUCCCCUCCCUCGCCCACAUGCUCACCUACCGCACGCCCUCUGCCAGACAGAAUGCCGCGGAGAAGCCACCCUUCUUCCUACCUAGCUGGACCGCCAUUUACGUGGUGAACGCGUUCGUGGUGGUGUGGGUGCUCGUGGUGGGGUUCGGGCUCGGCGGGUGGGCCAGCACGGUCAACUUCGUCAGACAGGUGGACACCUUCGGGCUCUUCGCCAAGUGCUACCAGUGUCCCAAGCCCACCGUCGCCGCGCCCCCACCGCAGCACCCAAACAAGCACCACUGAGCGGCCGUGGAUUCCAAUAAAAUACCAUAUAAACUCCCCACCCAACUCAAUUAUACCGAAAGUUCUCCUCCGAUUGCUCUCUUGGGUUUUUCUCGCCUGUAAUAUACGGAAAGGGGAAGCAACGAAAGCGUGGGCUUUACUGCUUCUGGCAUUCGAGAUGUCCGCUUUCCUUUUGGAUUUCUUUUCUUGGGUUCUUCUUCAUAUGGUGGCUUGCUUUCUCUCUCUCUCUCUCUUCUUCUAAUUUGAUAAUAUAAAUUUAAGUUUGAUGGUACUGUGAUGAUUCCCACUGCCGUCAAAGCUUAGGUCUAUUGAUAUUAUUCUGGAUGCA